AGCCCCACCGCUCCCUUUGUCACACCUUCGCGGUUUCAGAAUUUGGAGAGUCUAUGGUGGCACUUAUAUCUAUUAUAUAUUAAGAAACAGUACACCUCAGUUUAGCAUAUUUAAUCACCACCUCAUUCUCACCAUCAACAUUCACAAGACUGGCCUUUCUGGAUAUUGAUUCAGCCAUUGUUGUUCUCGCCGUCGAGACAAGACUUCUUCUUCUUUCUUUCACCCCCCUGAAAUCUUCAAUCAUUGAAGAUUGAAGGUUUCAUAUCACAUUUUGCAUGUGACUGUAAUGUCCACCAAUGGUCAUCCACUAGGUAUCAGCCCAACCAGUUACUCUCGCAGUCACUCUGCAAGAGAGAGAGACAAAGAGACAGAGCUCUCAAUGUUCUCCCAAACACUUCAAACAACCAUGACUUCUUCAGCAGAAGAAAUCAUUGACCUCGAGAAACAUGGGCACCCUGCAGAGAGGGCUCAGUGGGUGCUGAAUGCUCCAAAGCCGCCUGGCAUAUGGCGCGAGCUUGUGAAUUUCGCAAGUGACAAUCUUUUCCCUCAAAAGUUAUCGCCCCAUUCGAAGCAGACCAAAUUCAAACAUGCUGUUUCGGUUCUAGAGAGCAUAUUUCCUAUCCUCCUUUUGUGCAGAAACUACAAUGGAACAAAAUUUAAGAAGGAUUUAUUAGCAGGCUUAACUCUUGCAAGCCUUUCCAUCCCACAGAGUAUUGGAUAUGCAACUCUGGCUAAGCUUGAUCCUGAAUAUGGGCUAUAUACGAGUAUUCUUCCGCCACUGAUUUAUGCGUUAAUGGGGAGUUCGCGAGAGAUAGCAAUUGGACCAGUGGCUGUGGUCUCGCUGCUGCUAUCCACAAUGAUUCAGAAGUUGGAAGAUCCUCUGGCUAAUCCAAUUUCUUAUAGAAGGCUUGUGUUUACGGUUACCUUUUUCACCGGUGUCUUCCAGGCCGCCUUUGGACUGUUAAGGUUGGGUUUUCUAGUGGAUUUUCUAUCACAUGCUGCUAUUGUUGGUUUCAUGGCUGGUGCUGCCACUAUGAUUGGUCUUCAGCAGCUUAAAGGACUACUUGGGAUCACUUACACCACAAACAAAACUGAUGUUGUCUCUGUCUUGAAAGCUGUUUUUGGAUCAAUUCAUUAUCCUUGGAAUCCUCGUAACUUUAUGCUUGGGUGUUCAUUUCUGAGUUUCAUCCUAAUAGCCAGAUUUGUGGGUAGAAAGAACAAGAAACUCUACUGGUUACCUGCCAUUGCACCUUUAGUAUCUGUUAUUUUAUCAACACUCUUUGUUUUUCUAACAAGAGCUGAUAAGCAUGGAGUUAAAAUAGUAAAGCACAUCCAUGGAGGGUUCAAUCCAAGCUCGGUUCAUGAGUUACAGUUCAACGGCCCUCACACCUGUGAAGUGGUUAAAAUUGGACUAAUUGUAGCAGUAAUUGCGCUCACUGAAGCCGUUGCUGUUAGCCGAUCUUUUGCGACAAUUAAAGGAUACCAUCUUGAUGGUAACAAGGAAAUGAUGGCCAUGGGUUUCAUGAACAUUGCAGGAUCUUUAACUUCUUGCUAUGCUGCAACUGGUUCAUUUUCGCGCACUGCUGUAAAUUUCAGUGCUGGAUGUGAAACAGUUGUGUCUAACAUUGUGAUGGCCAUUACUGUCCUCAUAUCAAUGGAAUUGUUGACAAGGCUCUUAUACUUCACUCCAAUUGCAAUACUUGCUUCAAUUAUUCUUUCUGCUUUACCUGGACUCAUAGACCUCCAUGAAGCUCACAACAUAUGGAAGGUUGACAAGCUAGACUUCCUCGCUUGCAUUGGAGCGUUUUUUGGAGUGUUGUUUGUGUCUGUCGAGAUCGGUCUCUUAGUCGCGGUGAUUGUAUCAUUUGCAAAAAUCAUAAUCAAUUCAAUUCAACCGGGCUUAGAAAGUCUCGGUAGAUUUCCAGGAACUGAUAUUUUCUGUGAUGUCCAUCAAUACCCUAUGGCUAUUAAGAGUUCUGAAAUCCAUAUAAUCCGAGUCAAGUCUGCUUUUCUUUGUUUUGCAAAUGCCAAUUUUAUCAGAGAAAGGAUUUUGAAGUGGGUAAUUGGAAAGGAAGAGGUGGAUGGCAAAGGUAGUGUCAAAGCAAGAAUCAAGCCUGUAAUUCUUGACAUGUCCAAUUUGGUAAACAUUGACACAUCUGGAAUUGCUUCUCUCAAGGAACUGCAUAACACGUUGGUGCUGCAUGGCAUAAAAUUAGCCAUAGCCAACCCUAGGUGGCAAGUGAUUCACAAGCUGAGGCUGGCAAACUUUGUGGACAAAAUUGGUGGAAUGGUCUUUUUGACUGUUGGAGAAGCAGUGGAGGCAUGCGUUGGUGUCAGAAUGGGUACCAUUUAAGUGCCACAAUGUACUUAUUCCUACGUGUGUGUAAUCUGGUCCCACACAACUUUUGUAAAUUGAAUAAUGGGACAUCUAAUAAAGUUAAUUGUGAAACUAUUAAGUUAUGGGUGUUUUCAUGUAUCAAAAAUAUGUAAUAUAGAACCAUCAAGUAAUGUUUUUGCCA